AACCCGACAUGCGAUGCGCUGCAUAACCUCGCUGUUGGGUACUCUGCUGCUUCACUUGGUGCAGCAUCACACCUUCUUCACCAUGACCACCGCCUUUCUCUUCCGACGCCCCCUCUUGCUUUCGAAGUCGGCGGGCAUCAUCAUCGUCGCAAGGGGCACGGCGGUGGGUGUUACAAGCCGCAGCAGCAGCAGCAGCAGCAGCAGCAGCAGCAGCAGCAGCAGGAUGGCGACUACUGCUGCAGUGACGACGAUGUUUUCCAGCCCUCUGGUCACAACACAGGAGAUUAAGGAGGCCCUGGCCAAGUCUCCCGAUUCGAUCCGCUGCGUGGAUGCCUCCUGGCACCUCGGCGGGGACCGAAACGCGAAAGAGGAGUUCAAGGAGGGUCAUCUGCCGGGAGCGGUGUUUUUCGACAUCGAUCAAAUUGCCGACGCAGGGGUGCCCCUGCCUCACAUGAUUCCUUCCGAAGAUGUAUUCUCCGCGAAGGCGUCGGAGUUGGGCUUGUCGAGCAACGACACGAUCGUGGUCUACGCCAAGAAGGGCUCCUUCAGUGCCCCUCGCUGUUGGUGGACAUUCCGGGCCUUCGGGCACGAGAGGGUGCACGUGCUCAACGGCGGGUUCCCCGCGUGGGAAUCAGCUGGCGGGAGCGUGGAGCGAGGCGAGGUGAAACCAGUGAGCACGCGGCCGUCUUCCGGCCUGGUACAAACGUCCGGCAACGCGUGGAUGUUGAGGUCCAAGGGCUUCCAGGGACGACUGAACGCACCCAUGCUAAGAACCUGGCGACAGGUUCUCAGCCAGAGCGAGAAGGGCAAGGAGGCCGCCGGGCAGGUGGUAGACGCUCGAUCCCUCGCGAGGUUCAAGGCUGAGGCGCCAGAGCCGAGGGCUGGGGUUGCAGGGGGCCACGUCCCUGGGUCGGCGUGUGUGCCGUUCGCCAAGGUUUUGGUGGAUGGAGACGUUAACAGCUUUCGAUCUCCCAAAGAGAUCCGGAAGGCUUUCGAAGACGCGGGCGUCGACGUCGACUCUCCCCUCCCCAUCACCACGACGUGCGGAUCUGGUGUUACGGCGGCGGUGCUCACAUUAGCGCUCGAGCUGGCGGGCAGAAAAGCGGAACUUUCCCCUGUUUACGACGGGUCAUGGUCGGAGUGGGGUUCUCGUGCCGAUCUCCCAAAGUCCGUCGGCACUGAUCCAUGAUCAUGUUGCUUCAGUCAUGCUGCCGCUGCGACGUCUACGGCUUGGGUGGGCUUAGAACUGCGAAUGCUGGUUGUACUCUGUUGUUUGGAGUUAACAAAAAGGGGAUGACGCUGCGUAUCGACAGCAAAUGUGUGGACAACGAGCCGUCGGUUCUCGCUUGGUCGGCGUGUCCAUUGUUUUUUGCCGUAACGACGCACCCCAUGUAUAUUUUUUUAUGUAGUGCAGCGGGAGUGCUGCGUUGCGUUUGUUAUUGUUGUUAGUCUUGAAUUUCGAUGUAUCCCAUGGCGCUGUGCGCCUGAAGUUUGUUUGCUCGAAUAUGUAUCGACUUUUGACGAUCCCGAACAGUGCUCGGUGAAGAACGCGCGUCAAUGUCAGUCAUCUGCUGCCACGCGAGACGGAAAACAUCAUCACGACGAAGAUUUGUGGGAGGAUGUUCUCGACGUGCUCGUCG